AUGAAGUGGUGCGGCGACGUGGUGGGGCGCGGCUCGGCGGCGUACUUCGCGCGGGUGGCGCGUCUGCGGCGCGCGCUCGUGCUGCUCGCGGCCGCCGCGUGCACCGCCGCCGCGCUGCUCUACUGGCGGCAGCAGAGCGACGAGCGGACCACCAGGCCGCUGCACAGCGUGUACAGCGGCGUCGAGCCCGAGUGGACGUGGGAAUGUCGGAAGGAGCGCUGCGAACGGCUGCCGGCGGCCGAGGCGCCCACGCUGCAAUCGCUGCCCACUUGCAACAUGCUGUGCGCCUCCACCCAGCUGUGGCCGCAGCCCACCGGCCCAGUGAGCCUCGCCACCGCCGCGGUGCCGGUGCGCGCCUCCGCGUUCACCCUCCACAUCGUGACGUCACCGUCCCGCGAGGUCUCCGAACACCUCGAGGACGCCUUCGGCCUGUUCAGAGAGGACCUUCGCGCUCUAGAGAAGACUACGGUCAGCGAUAGCAAGCGCAGCGACAUCGGCCCCGCGCACGAGGUGCUGGUCCGCGUGUCGGUCAACGGCAGCACCGACGUGCGAAUGCGCAUCGACACCGACGAAAGCUAUAAACUAGCUCUGGCACCGGACAGGGGCGCUCUGGUCGCGCACAUCUCGGCCCGCUCGUUCUGCGGCGCUCGCCACGGCCUGGAGACACUGUCGCAGCUGGUCUGGCUGGACCCGUACGCGGGCUCGCUGCUCGCCCUCGAGGCGGCCACCGUGGACGACGCGCCGCGCUUCCGCUACCGGGGCCUGUUGCUCGACACCGCCCGCAACUACUUCCCCGUGGGCGAGAUCGUGCGCACCAUCGACGCCAUGGCCGCGUGCAAGCUGAACACGUUCCACUGGCACGUCAGCGACUCGCAGUCGUUCCCGCUGAGAUUGAACAGCGCCCCGCAGCUGGCGCAGCACGGCGCCUACGGGCCGGCCGCCGUGUACACCACCGAGGAGGUGCGCGCGAUAGUGCGGCGCGCCAGGCUGCGCGGGAUCCGGGUGCUGAUCGAGGUGGACGUUCCGGCCCACGUGGGCCGCGCCUGGUCGUGGGGGCCCCAAGCCGGCAUGGGCCACCUCGCGUACUGCGUCGAAGUGGAGCCCUGGAGCGCCUAUUGUGGCGAACCGCCGUGCGGACAGCUGAACCCGCGCAACCCGCACGUGUACGACCUGCUCGAGGGGAUCUACGCGGAAAUCCUCCAGCUGACCGGGGUCGACGACAUUUUCCACCUCGGCGGCGACGAGGUCUCCGAGCGCUGUUGGUCGCAGUACUUCAACGACACGGACCCGAUGGACCUCUGGUUGGAGUUCACGCGGCGCGCGAUGGAGGCGCUGGAGCGCGCCAACGGCGGCAAGGCGCCCGAGAUGACGCUUCUGUGGUCCUCGCGGUUGACCCGCUCCCCGUAUCUCGAGCGUUUGGACACGAAGAAGUUCGGCAUCCAGGUGUGGGGCGCGUCCCGGUGGCCCGAGUCGCGGGCGGUGCUCGACGCCGGCUUCAAGUCGGUGAUAUCGCACGUGGACGCGUGGUACCUGGACUGCGGCUUCGGCUCGUGGCGGGACAGCUCGGACGGGCACUGCGGGCCGUACCGCUCGUGGCAGCAGAUCUACGAGCACCGGCCGUGGGUCGACGAGUCGAGCGGGAUGGCGGGCGCGGGGCCGACGGGGGAGGGGUGGCGGGUGGAGGGCGGCGAGGCGUGCCAGUGGAGCGAGCAGCUGGCGGCGGGCGGGCUGGACGCGCGCGUGUGGCCCCGCGCCGCGGCGCUGGCCGAGCGGCUGUGGUCGGACCGCGCCGAGGGGGCGGUGGGCGACGUGUACCUCCGCCUCGACACGCAGCGCACUCGGCUGCGGGCGCGCGGCGUCCGCCCGGCCCCGCUCUGGCCGCGCUGGUGCACCCACAACCCGCACGCCUGCCUC